UAGUUUUCCUAUUUGACAUUUGCAUCAUGGCUUGAAAACUGAAUUGUGACUGAAUUUUGCUUAUUAGAUUAGUGAGAAAAUGUAUUUUAUGUAAAAAAAUGAACGAAUUGGUAAACUAAAUGUAGUUGUAAUUUAAAAAAUAUUUUAUUUGCAAAUAGUUUCUUUGAAUUGUUGCGCAUCAGAAGUAAUGCAAUAAGCUAACAAAGUUGGCUGAAGUAAUUUCACAAGUGUGUGUAUAUUUUCCGCCCAUUCACUUGACUCGAUGUCGCGGAAUGCAUUUUUUCAAUAUGUGGAUAUUUUGGUAUAGGGCAAUUUGUGAAGUGCUAGGUGUCAAACGAAAACAGCAAUAAUGUUGCGCAUCGGAAUGCGCUGCGAUCAGUUAAAUUUCUUACAAUGCAACGAAAUGUACUUACACCUACUAUCCUUGAAAUAGUUGCUUAAAUAUACAUAUAUGUAAAUGUAUUCAUAUGCAUACGCUUUGUUUAAAUAUAAUAAUAACAAACAGUGCCUAAAAUGGAUGAACAUACACUUAAUGACUUGUUGGAGUGUUCUGUGUGUUUGGAACGUUUGGAUACUUCAUCGAAGGUGUUACCCUGCCAACACACGUUUUGUCGAAAAUGCUUAGAGGUGAUCAUGUCCAGUCGGCAAGAGUUGCGCUGUCCGGAAUGUCGUGUAUUAGUUGAGGUAAAAAUAGAUGAUUUGCCACCAAACGUUCUCUUGAUGCGGAUACUAGAAGGUAUGAAAAAUGCAGCUGCCAGUAAGACACAACAACAACAGAAAUCGCACACCUCUAAAUCUAGCCCGGAUAUUCGAAAUAUCAACGAUUAUGAGCAGCAACACCAGACAAAUGCACCAACUCAAACCCAACAACAACAACAAAAUAUACUGCCCAUCAGUAACAAUAUAAGUGCUGGUGUCCAACAACUGCCACAACAGUUUUUGCAACAACGCCGUUGCUUGUUGCCACACGCUUACGCACUUUAUGAUUUCGAGUCAGCCGAACCGUCCGAUUUGCAUUUUAAGAAGGGCGAUUUGGUGUUGCUUAAGCGUAAAAUCGAUAGCAAUUGGUACGUGGGGCAGCUCAACAACGGCAACGGCUUCAUUUCGGAGGGUACUUUCCCCAUAAACCACGUGCAAGUUGUUGUACCGUUGCCAACACCGCAAUGCAUUGCGUUGUAUGAUUUUAAAAUGCCGCCGAAUGAGGAGCAAGGUUGUCUCACUUUCAAAAAAGGUACCAUUAUACAUGUUUUGCGACGCGUGGAUCAUAAUUGGGCUGAAGGUUGCAUUGGCAGUGCAAUUGGUAUUUUUCCAAUCGCUUUUGUAGAAUUGAAUGCACUCGCCAAACAGGUGCUCGAAACAACUUACGUAGUUAACAAUAUGUCAACGGCAACAACGUCUGCCCCGCCAGUUGUAGAUCUAGCCACAUUGGCCGCGAACUAUCCUGCAGCAGCUGCAGGCAGUGCUAAGCAAGCAGUACCGCAACAGUUACGCAAUCCACCGCCAAUGCCACAAAUCGAUACAAACAAUAGUGAAUCCAAUACUUCAUCGACAACUGCAUCGAAUUCCUCAUCAAGUGCCACUAGCCCACAUUCGAUUAGCACCACAACAACAACGACAGCGUCUAAUAGUGGCAUAGCUUGUGUUGUUAAUUCAACAUCGAUGCCGAGCAGUCCGAACCAGUCACUGCCCGCAUCGCCACAGCAUGAAAGUGCAAACCUCAAUAUAGUUAGUGGCUCCAGCUCGGUGCGUUUCCGCGAUAAACGUGAAAAGCGCCAUUCCCUAAAUGCUCUACUCUCCGCUGGCAACUUGCACACAGGCUUGGGCACAGGUGCAAUGCUAAGCAUUUUGCAAUCGAAUCGUCAUUCAGCGGAAAUCCUAAGCGUGCCAGCAGACACCAAUUCUGCAGAUAUUGUACGUCAUACUUCGUGUGGCAAUGGUGUGGAAGUGGAAGAGAGCAGCAAUGCUGCUAACGUGGCGGUGCCGCAAAGCACAAUGGCACGUGAACAGCAGCAACAACAAAUGCAUCCACAACAGAUCCAACAAAAGCAACAACUGAAUGCGCAACAGGCGCAGCAACGCGUCAACGUUUUGAAAACCAGUGUUGUGGGGCAACAUGUGCCACCAAGUUUACCUUGGGGUUAUCUCGCACUUUAUCCAUACAAGCCACGCAAAAGCGAUGAGUUAGAGCUGAAAAAAGGUUGUGUUUACAUCGUAACGGAGCGCUGUCUGGACGGUUGGUUCAAGGGUAAAAACUGGCAAGAUAUUACCGGCGUUUUUCCAGGCAACUAUGUGACGCCACUAAGAAGCCGCGAUCAACAACAAUUGAUGCAUCAAUGGAAGUAUGUGCCAUUGCAGAGCGCGCCACACGCCAAUCAAAACACUGCAAAAGCCGGCCAAAACCUUAUUCCCAUUGUGCCGUCACAGCCAGUUGUUACUUCAACAUCACAGAGAAUACAAAGUUUACAUCAACCGCCUGAUUUGCCGCCGCGUCAGGUGAGCAGUGCACCCGUACCAGUGUCGUCAGUUUGGACAAAACCUCUCGGUCACACAGUCGAGGCGUUUUUCAACCGCUACAGUAAGACGCAUGAUAAUACGAAAGAGCACAGCGUUAAGGAGAAGGAUAGUGGCAAGCAGAAGGAAAAUAUAGCGCAUACAAGCGCGCCAGCAGCUUCUUCCUCCACCACAUCCAGUGCGGUGCAGUUAAUGAAGCGGUUAGCGCACAUCAAAUCACGUUCGAAAUCACCGAGCAGUGCAAACGCACGCCAACAACAGAAAAGUCCACACUCACAAGCCGCACAUGACACGACGGCAUCGCCACCAGAUGACUCCACCCAUAAUAUGAGCAAAAAUACCGUAUGCAACGCCAUACAGAAAACCAACCCACAUUUUGCAGCAGCCAAUGCACAUGCGCAAAUGCAUCCGGUACAUGUACGUUCUGGCUCCUGCCCUAGCCAAUUGUUGCAGAGUCUGCCAAAUGAUCCAACAGCGGUCGCUGCAUCGGCUGCAAAUACACCAGCAAUGGCACAAAUUCAAGAGAAUAUGCUCAAGGCACAGCCACAUUCCACGCAACAAAAACAUCAACAACAACAAACACAUAUGCAACAAGUCACUGCACAAGCAGCUGUGGGCUAUGGAUCACAGCAAUUGAGAGGCCCAAAAGAACGUCCACACUUGCAUAACGCACGCCAAUCUAUGGAUAAUGCUACCUUGCGCAGCAUUUAUAACUCAGUGGUGCCACAACAACAACAACAACAGACACUCUCUAAUACGCCUAAAAGUGCUGGCGAACAACAACAAAUAAUUCCAACAAACACAAUUCUGUCGAAUCACCGCAAAUCCCAUAGUUUGGAUGCAGCAGCCGCUCUAUCUAGCUCCGCCAACGAUUAUGGCGCAGUUAGCGGCAGCAAUAGUGGUCUCACAGCAUUGCUCGCGCCCUGCAAUAUAACAGCAGCCGCAGUUGCGGCAAGUGCCACCACCAAGUCAACACAGUGCUCACGCGAAAGCCGUUUCAGGUGUGUAGUGCCAUAUCCGCCUAAUAGUGAUAUAGAGCUGGAACUACAAGUAGGCGAUAUCAUUUAUGUGCAACGUCGUCAGAAAAAUGGCUGGUAUAAGGGCACGCAUGCGCGUUCCAAUAAGACCGGUCUGUUUCCAGCAUCAUUCGUUGAGCCAGAUAUAUAGAAUGGUGUAAGGAAAAGUGGAAAUCAAGGUUAUUCGAAUUGUUAAUGUUUUCAUCGAAAUGACAUUACCUUUAUACUGCGGUAUAUUGUUAAAAAUAACAUUAGCGUGUAUGUAUGUUGAUUCAGGAAGUUUAAAGUUAGUCUCCCAUAUUUCGAUUAUACUUUCUUGUCCAAUAUGUAAAUACGAGUGCUACCUUUUUGAAACGCAAUCAAAACUUUUCAUUACUUAUUUCAAACUAUUACCUUUACGCUUUAAACGAUUGCAGUACUUUUACGUUUUUCUUGUUUGAUCCCAGUUAGUUUGGAGAUAUAGUGCAAACUCAUUGAUUGCAAGUAUGUACUAGUACAUACGGUUUACCUUAUUUACAUUAAUUGUUGUUUUAUCAAUUGUCUUCGAAAAUUAGUAUUUAAUCGCUGGUCGAUGACCGCAGCAUUCAUUAUGCAUAGUUUUAGUUUUUUGUUAAAAACCAAAAUUGCAAUAAACUUUUCAAAAGUGAAUUAUUAAAGCGACAUAAAAGACAUACGCGCGCACUUUUGAUAUUGUUAGUAUUUACGCAAUAAAGUAAAAAAAAAUUAGUAGUGGAAGAAAAAAUUAUGAAAUGCAAUCAAAUUGUUCAAACAACAAAGUUAUUUUCCAUACAUUUUUUCUUAACAAAUAUCGUGAAAACUCUAAAACAAUUUAUAGGUUAUAAUUUAUACAUUACAUGUAUGCAUAAGCAACUAAUGAAUCUGAUUA